AUCACCCUACUGUAUUCCAGAUUGGACAAAGAAGUGACCAACUUUUCCCUAACUGUGCUUCAUGAAAUUGCUAGUCUUAUUCAUUGUGCAGAUCUUUGUUCUAGAGAUGACUACUGCAUGGAGUUCGUUUACAGCGAAAUAAGUAGACAUUGCAUUGGACUCCACUGUUUAAAGACGGAUAACUACGCGUAUCAGUAUGUCUCCCCGACACCUUACCGAGGACUUUAUUUCGGAAAAGUGAGCAACUCGGUAGCAUAUUCCGGUCACCAUUACUUCUAUCUGGAAGAAAACGUUACAUGGGCAGAAGCCAAGGUAGAAUGCCAGAAAAAAUGUGCACACUUGGUUGAAAUUGAAACUAAAGCAGAAUCUGAUUGGCUGCCGGCUCCUUUUGUUGGUUAG